UUCUAAACAGGUAUAAUACCCCCAUCAUUAUUACAGUGUGUAGAUUCACAUAGGUAUAUAUAUAUAAGACAGCUUCAUCAUAAUCCUCAGACAUUACGCACAGUACAAUACUCAGUAGAACACUGUACAACAUCCAGACGACAAACUACCAAAAUGCAGGUCACAUUGGUCCUUUCUUCGUUGCUGUUGGCCGCUGUGGUCAACGCCUACCCUGCACAAGGCCCCGAAUCUAGGGCCGUCAUCUUAACCCAAGAAAAAGAAGUCAACUACGAUGGAACCUUCAAGAACAAGUUCGAAACUGAUAAUGGCAUCAAACAAGAAGAAGUCGGUUACCUGAAGGCCGGUCCUGAUGGUACCCCGAUCUCAGUGGUCCAGGGCGCUGGUUCCUACGUAGCCCCAGACGGUUCGGUCAUCUCAACCGGUUACAUCUCGGACGAGAACGGUUACAGACCAGUCGGUGCCCAUCUGCCCACUCCACCACCAAUCCCAGUCGAAAUCCAAGAGUCUCUCAGAUUAUUGGCCUCUCUGCCCAGCACACCCGAACCAGUGUACCAGUAAAUAACGCCAUCGUUAACACCUCCUGAGGACCGUCCCGUUUCUUUUGUCCUAAACUGAUUUUAUUUAAAUCUUUUCACUUAUUUCAAUCUUCAUCUCACCCCUUACAUUUUAUAAGAUACUCUGCAUCGUAUUACCAUUAUUGUGUACUGCACCUAUACUAUUCAUUGUAAAUUCAUUAUUAUGUAAUUAUGUUACUAUCUAUUUACUAUCGUCUGCGUUUGUAGACAUGAACGCACGUAUAUAUAUAAUAAAAUAUGUUUUUUAGAAACAAA